GUUGCCGAACCGCGUCGACGGUACAGGCUUCGUGGUCUAUGAUGGAGCCGUGUUCUACAACAAGGAACGCACACGCAACCUGGUCAAGUACGACCUCCGCACACGCAUUAAGAGCGGCGAGGCGGUGGUGUUGAACGCUAACUACCACGACACUUCUCCAUAUCGGUGGGGCGGGAAGAGCGAUAUCGACCUUGCUGUGGAUGAGAACGGACUGUGGGUCAUCUACUCAACUGAAGCCAACAAUGGACGUAUAGUUGUCAGUCAGGUAAACCCUUACACCCUGCGUUUCGAGGGUACGUGGGCGACCAGCUUCGAUAAGCGCGGGGCGAGCAACGCCUUCAUGGCGUGCGGCGUGCUGUACGCGGUGCGCUCCGUCUUCCAAGACGACGAGGGACAGACAGACAGAGGAGGAGGAGGUGGAGGGGAUAUGGUGUUAUAUGCGUUUGACACCAGUAGGGGGCGAGAGGUGCCGGUCCAGAUCCCCUUCCCUAACCCCUACCAGUAUAUAUCAUCUAUAGACUACAACCCACGGGACAACCAGCUGUAUGUGUGGAAUAACUACUACGUGCUGAGAUACCCUCUGCAGUUCAGACCACCCCAGCCUACCAAAGGUCCUCUCUCAUCUCUAAUGACUACAGUGGGGUCCUACACAGCCACCGUAGCGCUGACCCCAGUACGACCUUCAGCCUCCAAUCCCAUCGGGGUCAUCAACCGGAGUCCGGACUUGCGGCCAAUCACGGCCAUGGUCCCGCUGACCCCCCACCCCCCCCACCGUGCCCCCAUCGCCCCGGGGGGGUCCUACGGGGGGCAGGUUGGGGUGUGUGAGGGGAGGGUGACCAGAGGGGUACAGUGGCCCCCUACACCUAAAGGAGAGAUGGUGGAGAGACCAUGUCCCAAAGGAUCACUGGGUAUAGCAUCGUACCAGUGUGUGUUGUCCCCGGUAACCUGGAACUCCAGAGGGCCUGACCUCAGUAACUGUACCUCCCCCUGGGUCAGUCAGAUAGCACAGAAGAUAAAGAGUGGGGAGAAUGCAGCUAACAUCGCUGGUGAGUUAGUAAACCUGACGAGGGGGCGGGUCUACGCCGGUGAUGUCAGCAUGUCAGUCAAACUUCUAGAGCAGCUGUUGGACAUCCUGGAUUCUCAGCUUCAGGCCCUACGACCAGCCAACAAGGAGUCUGCUGCACGCAACUACAACAAGUUGCAGAAGAGGGAACGCACCUGUAGAGCUUAUGUCCAGGCGGUGGUUCAGGUAGUUGAUAACCUGUUGGGCCCUGAAGCUCUAGUCUCCUGGGCUGAUAUGAGGACCACUGACCAAUCACGCUCUGCCUCGCUGCUAUUGGACGCCAUGGAGAAAGGAGCCUUUCUGUUGGCUAACAACAUCUACGAGGGGCGAUUCAGCGACAGAGCGCCCAAUGUCGAUCUAGAGGUGUAUGUAUUGAACACAGAGGCAGACCUACAGGACCUGACGUUCCCUCACUCCUAUGACAGUGACAGUGUUCUACAGCUCUCAACUGCUACUCUACAGCAGUACAGCAGCAAUGGCCAGGUGAAGAUAGUUCUAUCUCUGUAUAAGAACCUUGGAUCCUUCCUGACCACUAACAACUCCUCGUUGAGGUUGGAGGCAGGGUUUGUGAUUGGGGGUGGCAGGAGCUUGGCGGUGAAUUCUCACGUUAUCUCGGCUUCUGUCAACAAAGGUUCCAACCGAGUAUUCCUCUCUGAACCGGUCGUCUUCACUCUGCGACACCUACAGGUGGAGAACCACUUCAGCCCCAACUGUUCGUUCUGGAACUCCACGGGGUCGGGGGGGUCAGCAUCGGGGUCGUCGGGGGGUCGUUGGUCAUCCCAGGGGUGUAAACGGAUACACACCAACAACACACACACCACCUGCGCCUGUAACCAUCUGUCAACCUAUGCUGUCCUGAUGACCUACCACCAACCUGCUUCUGUAGAUGGUAUACAGGAGGUUCUGGUCUACGUAGUGUCCUGGGUAGGUAUAUCUGUAGCCCUGGUGUGCCUUGCAGCCUGCAGUACCCUACUGUGUUGCCAGGGGGCGCCACAGUCAGACCACAGCACCAUACACAGGAAUCUGUGGGGCAACCUCUUCAUCACCGAACUCAUCUUCCUCAUUGGGGUAGAUAAGACACAGUACAGCGUAGCGUGUCCAGUCUUUGCCGGUCUGCUCCAUUUCUCCCUGCUCUCUGUGUUCUGUUGGUUAUGCCUGGAGGCAGUGGAACUCUACUUACUGCAGGGGGAGCUCUUUGAAGGACGGACCUCUAGGAGGAAGUACUUCUAUCUCUGCGGCUACUUCCUGCCAGGGGUGGUCGUGGCCGUCUCCGCCGCCAUCGACUACAGGGGCUACGGCACCCGGACCGUGUGUUGGCUGCAGAUGGACAACUACUUCAUCUGGAGUUUCCUGGGUCCUGUAUCUGUCAUUAUAAUGCUGAACCUGGUGGUCUUGGUGAUGACUCUUCACAAGAUGGUGCACAGCUCCUCCGCCCUCAAACCCGACUCCAGUCGUCACGACAACCUCAGAGCGUGGACUGUGGGUUCGCUCACACUCCUCUUCCUCCUGGUGGUGACCUGGUCUCUGGGGCUCGUCUUCCUCUCAUCUCCCUCUCUCCUCCUCUCCUACCUCUUCUCCUCCCUUAACACGGCCCAGGCUCUACUCAUCACAAUACUGUUCUGUACACUCACUAGGAAGGGCCAUAAGGACUAUGGGAAGUGUGUGCGUCACUCCCAAUGCUGUGACUGUUCCUCCACCACCAGUUCACCUGGCUCUGUGAAGGGCGCCGCCCUACGGGCCAACAGCCGCUACUGCAGUGCCAACCAGGCACGCAGGGCUACUGCUAACAGACAGAGUCGCAUUAGGAGGAUGUGGAACGAUACAGUGCGCAGACAGACUGAGUCUUCCUUCAUAGCUGCUGAUGUCAACACCACACCUACACUCAACAGAGUUGGCCUGGGUAACCAUUUCCUGACUAACCCAGUGUUACAGACUCACCCUAGAGUCUCUCCUUAUGACAGCCUACUGGCUCAGGGCUACAGCCAGCCCUCCCCUGGCCUCUUCACCUCUACUG